CCGUAGAAUGGUCUAAUAUAUUGACACAAGAAUUGGAAAAUUUUUGGAAAGAUCUUGGAAUAUUAAAUUGUUCUAGUAAUGAAUGGUCACUUGAAACAGAUAUAAUGAAAUGGGCUCUUAGAUUUUGUGUGACAUGA